ACAAUCAUUGAUGACAGAAAAAGUGAAGAACAAAAGAAACACAAUAUAUCUUCCCGAGGAUUUGCUUGUGGAGAUACUCUCUAGGUUUCCGGAGGCUUCACUGGCACGGUUCCAAUCUACCUCAAAAGGGUGGAAUGCUCUUAUAAAAAGAGACCGGAGACUUGCUAAGAACUCUCUUUUUGUCAUGGUAAUUUAUGGUGAGGUCUAUUUAGUUAGGCUUAAUCUCCAUGGCAUUCACAACAACAACGUUGAAAAGGUAAUAAGUCAGUUCAGCAUCAAUGACCCUCUUUCAAGUUCUUCGUUGAAAGAAGUCCUUAUACGUCACGUCUUUCACUGCGAUGGUUUAUUGCUAUGUACCACCGCGGAGAAUACAUUGGUUGUUUGGAAUCCAUGUUCAGGGGAAACCAGUAGAAUCAUCAAAUCAUCGUUAGAUUUCAGAUAUAGUUCUAAUGCGUACGCUCUCGGUAAAUCCUCAUGCAACAACAAGUACAAAAUAUUGAGGGUGCAUCAUCAUGGAUAUGGUCACCGGCCUCUACGCCUUGUUGAGUACGAAAUCUAUGACUUCACAUCUAAUUCAUGGAGUGUUGUUGGUGAGACUAGAGAGUGGUUCAUUCCAAGGGACUUGAGACAGGGCACGUCUGUGGAUGGAAAUACUUACUGGCUUACUUCUACUUAUUCUCCAACGGGGAUGAGGAAUGCUGCAUUGCAAUGUUUUGAUUAUUCAACAGAGAGGUUUGGACGUGUUUCUCUUCCGGUUAAUCCUCUUUCUUGCAAUAUUUAUGGUUUAUCAGUGACUAGAGAAGAGAAAAAUCUUUGUAUCUUAACUUCUUCACGUGAUGAGGAGGUACGCGAUAUAGAUGUAUGGAUGGCAACUAAGAUUAAAGGUACCGGAGACAUGUCAUGGAGUAAACUCCUAACAGUGAAACGAAUCCAUUCACAGCAGUUUAUUGGGUUUCGUGCUGGAAUGAGUUUCUCUGUCGAUCGGGAGGCUAAAGUUUUACUGCAUCCCACUAAAUACAGUAACUCUAGUAACUGCUUACACAUUGUGGGAGAGAAUUAUAAACACAUAAAAGUGGACCUUCAUGAUGUAAGAUCUAACUGCUCAAUUCUUGUCAAGUAUUAUCCAACUUUGGUUCAAAUCCAACAAGGUUCUUUCGGGUCAGGCACAUGGAAAGCACCAAUCACCGAGUUUUCAUGAU